UGUCAUUUUCCCAUAGAACGUGUUGUCUUUGACUUAUUUCGAGCAAUUCUGAUUCGUAAUUAAUUGUGAAAUUAUAUCUUUUAUUGCUAAUUCGUAGAGUAAUUCCGCAAAAUUGUAAAGAAAAUUUGCAAAAAUCCUGCAUAAUCAAAAUGUCAGCACACACAUGCAUAAGUUGCUCCGUUAGAUUCUCCACGGCAGAUAUGCAACGAGAUCAUUACAAAACUGAUUGGCAUCGGUAUAAUCUAAAACGUCGAGUUGCCGAGCUGCCUCCAGUUACCGCCGAAGCAUUCCAGGAUAUUGUGUUGCGUGUUCGUGAAGAAAAAGCUACAGAGGAAUUGGAGAGUCAAAUGAGCUUCUACUGUAAAGCAUGCCGUAAGCAGUUUAGUACCCAGAAGGCGCACGACAAUCACUUGAAUAGUAAAAAGCACAAAGAUAAUUUGGUACGUUUCGAGAGUGAGCACAAGGGCAAAGAGGUGGAGAUAACGAAAAAGAGUGUGGUGGAGCAAAGACCGCAUCCAGCGUUAGCUGCAGCGGCGCAAGGAAAAGGUAAAUUUGCAUUGCAGCGGCAGCAGGAGAACGAGCAGGACGACGAUGAUGAGUACGAAGAUUUGGAUGACGACGAAAACUUUGAAGUUAUCGAAGAGGAAAUGACUGAUCAUAUGGAUUCGGAUGAAUGGGAGAAACUAGCUGAAAAUCCGCUGACCGAGAAGGAUUGCCUCUUCUGCACACAUGUCAGUGAAGACAUGAUAGAGAAUCUGAAGCAUAUGUCCGUUGCACAUUCCUUCUUCGUACCAGAUACAGAGUAUUGCACAGACUUGGAGGGUUUGCUAUACUACUUGGGGGAAAAAGUGGCAAAUUACUUUAUUUGCCUUUCGUGCAAUGACCGUGGCAAGACUUUCUAUUCAUUAGAUGCGGUCCGCAAACACAUGAUUGACAAGGGCCAUUGCCAAAUGUUGCACGAAGGUAUAGCGUUAGCCGAGUACGCUGAUUACUACGACUAUAGCUCUAGUUAUCCCGAUCAUCAAGAAGGCAUGGACGUCGAUGAAGAAGUUGUACCAGAUGUGCUUGAUGGCGAUGAGUACAAAUUGGUUUUACCUUCCGGUGUCGAAAUUGGGCAUCGUUCUUUGCUACGCUACUACAAACAACACCUCAAUCCAAAUCGCGCCCCUGCACCCAAGAAAUCUAAUCGACGCCUGCAUAAAGUGCUCUCGGAAUAUCGUGCACUGGGUUGGAGUAAAACGCAGCAGCAAGUGGCCGCACGCAAAGCACGCGAUUUGCAUGUUAUGAAACGUGCGCAAGCCAAAUGGCAAAUGAAACUUGGCUGUAGAGCAAAUAAGUUGCAGAAACAUUAUCGCGCACAAAUAAUGUUCUAAGACCAGUAAAUUGCUCCGACUUUCCUACGUUUUUGAGUGUUUGUGUGACACCGUUUUGUUUUAAUUAAUUAGUUUUCAAAUUUCUAAAAUUAUAAACUUAUUGAACUAUGUUAUGGAAAUAUGUUCAAACCUUCUUGCUUUGCAAAUAAAAUUUUGAAAUAUACAUAUUUUAAUGAUAUUAA